AUGACAUCAUAUGGCGACGUCAGGAAGAUCAUGGAAGACGUUUCCAUGAUCAUCAACACGUUCAAGGGGAUAUAUAACGCGACAGAUGACCUCGAGAAGCUGAUUAAAGAGACUGAAAUGUUAAGUCAACUAGCAGAUGCUAUCGAGACAAACGGCACUAGUUUUGAAACAAACCAAGGCUUUCAGAGCAUCCUUUCACGAACGAAGCAAUGUAUCUUAAAUCUCAAACAACACCUUAACAAGAAAGAAUCUAGAAUCAACAGGACUUUAGAAAAGGUCAAGUUGGCAAAGCAAAGGAAUGAUUUAGAGAAGAAUCUUGAGAAUGCUCGUCAUCUGAGCAACCUUCUUUCACAGCUGAAUAUGACUCUGUCCAUUCGUGAUAUUUCUGGUGCACAAAGAGAUGGCGUGGUGCAUGAUUUCAUCGAGACUUGGACACCAGCUAUGGCCGACGCAUUGUCCAAGGCAUAUCCACGUGUGCAGGUCACGGAAGGGACCGGCCAGUGGAUCCAGGAAAACGAUCAGUAUCAAAGUUGGGAACAGUCAAAGAAUGGGGUCCUUUGGAUCAACGGGUUACAGGGAUGUGGGAAGACAGGACUUGCUAUCACAAUCGAUGACCGGUUCAGGGCAAGGUUUCCCUCGUUUUGGGCUUUGUCAACCAAAGAUGCACAGCAACAUCAGUUCUCCCCGGACUUCGAAAUUGCCACGAUCUUCUGCUAUCACCAAGUUGAAGGCAUGCGACAACUUGAAGAUCACAUGGAGAUAUUGAUGAGUUUGUGGGCACAGCUAGUCAAAUUGAAGCCAGAAUGCCGCCCAAAUUUCUCUUGGAUACAAAAUGCCAAGAACAAUCAUCAACUCGGGACUCUCACUGGCCAAAGAAGAGUGGCAUUCCAGAAAGACCUGCUGAAACACGCUCUGAAACAUUCUGGCAACACUAUCCUCAUACUCGAUGGGCUCGAUGAGAUUCCGAGAAAGCUUCAGCUCGAAGUAAUCAAAGAUCUAAGAUGCCUUCAGCAGGAGAACGAUCAUUGUCGAAUCUUGAUAACAUCCCGACCAUACGAAAGCAUCACAAGAAUUUUCAAGAACGAUCCACAAGUGUACAUGGAAGCACCAGAUGUUGACCUCGUGUUGUAUAUGGAGGAACGUUUCUCGCGACACGAUUGGGACUCUUAUAACGAAUUCAAAUGUCACGACAUUAUUAAAAUCCUGGUCCCAAAAUGCCGCCAGUCAUUUCUACUCACUCAACUCCUGAUGGACGAAGUAAUAAUAUCAGAAAGCAAGGCUCACUGCGAGCGUAUUAUUUCUCAGCUGCCGUCAACAGUCGAUGAAGCCUAUAAACGCGGCCUCAAUCGCCUUCAAUCCGAGUACUCUUCUGAAGGGUUGGCGAAUCAUCUUCCGUGUAUGGCCAUCCAAGCAUUGUUCUGGGUGGCCUUCUUGAAGACCCCAUUGACAGCAGAUGAACUUACACAUGCACUGACAAUCGCCGACGGUGGUAAAGGAUCUGAUUCCAAGGUACAAAGGUGGAGGGAACGGGGCAUCGACGUCAGGACUACCAAGUUGGUUGUGGUUGACCCUGGGGACGGAAAACUCAUUAUCGCACACGAAACCCUUACAAGAUACUUGACCAAAGACGAAACUCGUCUGAACUUCUUUCCACAAAUUCGAGAGCAUAUACAUGAAGUCCAAUUGAAGAGCCUCCUCACAAGCCCUAGCAAUUCAGAGAUGCUGGCAAGGACUAAGGAGGAAUUCUUUGAGCAAUAUCCUUUAAUUCGAUAUGCACUUUGGAACUGGGGAGAUGGGUUAAAAAGUGUCUUGGAGCAAGGCACUUCUCUUUGGAAGUGCACUCAAGAGUUUUUGGGGACUCCUUUCAACAAAUGGAAUAAAUAUGUCCAGAAUGAAACCAGUGGGGUUUUUUCUCAGAAUAGGUUGUUUUGGGGGCUAUAUGGACAUCCCUGGCCCACUGGCAGCAUGGACAGGCUUUACUGGGUAGUUUUUUACGAGCUGCAAAGUUUUGUCCCCUUGUCGAAUGAUGUUGAUACCGAAUGA